UUCAUUUCGUGUAAACAUUUGUUUUUAUAGCUUAAAUUUGACGCGAAAUUCUUUAUUUUAUGCCGUUUUAGGCUAGGUUUUCAUCAUGGCAGGUGCACAAGUGAAAGAGGGUGAAUACACAACCACAAUUUAUGGAAUGAUAAAAAACCAAAAAUUCCAUGAAGCAAUACAAAUUCUGUCACAGGAGUUGGAAAAUCAUCCCAAGUCCAGAGCAGCCCUCUCGCUGUUAGGCUACUGCUACUUUCAGGUUCAAAGUUUUGAUGUAGCAGCUGACUGCUAUGGUCAGCUGACACAGAUUCACCCAGAGGUUGAUGAAUACAAAAUGGCAUAUGCUCAGGCAUUGUAUAAAGCUUUUAUGUAUCCAGAGGCAAUGAAAGCUACAUUUCAAAUUGAAAAUCCCACAUAUCAUGGAAAGGUACUGAAGCUUCAGGCAGCUAUCAAAUAUGGUGAAGAGGAUUUGCAGGGGGCAAAGAGUAUGGUGGAGCAAUGUGCUGCAGAUGAUCCUGACACUGAAAUCAAUCUUGGAUGUCUUCUCUACAAGGAGGGAAGGUAUGCAGAAGCGUGUCAAAAAUUUCAGACAGCAAUGAAUAUACUUGGCUAUCAACCAGACUUGUCGUACAACAUAGCACUGUGUUUCUACAGCUUGAAGCAGUAUGCACCUGCAUUGAAGCAUAUUGCUGAUAUUAUUGAACGUGGAAUCAGAGAGCACCCGGAACUUAGUGUUGGAAUGACUACGGAGGGUAUUGAAGUCAGAAGUGUGGGGAACACCAAGGUGUUACAUGAAACAGCUUUAAUUGAAGCAUUCAACCUUAAAGCAGGAAUUGAGCACCAGCUGAAAAACUUUGACUCUGCACAGGAAGCACUCACUGAUAUGCCUCCAAGGGCUGAAGAGGAACUGGACCCAGUAACUUUGCAUAACCAAGCACUUAUGAACAUGGAGGCCAACCCAACUCAGGGCUUUGAAAAGUUACAGUUUCUGUUACAGCAAAAUCCAUUCCCCCCAGAAACUUUUGGAAAUCUUUUGUUAUUAUAUGUGAAAUACCAGUACUUUGACCUGGCAGCUGAUGUGUUGGCAGAAAAUGCUCAUUUGACAUAUAAGUUCCUCACCCCAUAUAUGUAUGACUUUCUGGAUGCUAUGAUUACACAGCAAACAUCUCCAGAAGAGGCUUAUCGCAAGUUAGAUGAUAUGGCUACAAAACAGACAGAAACUUUGAGAAAACUGACCAAGCAGGUUCAGGAAGCAAGACAGAACCAUGAUGAUGACACAGUGAAGAAAGCUGUCAAUGAAUAUGAUGAGGCUUUGGAAAGGUACAUCCCUGUGUUGAUGUCUCAAGCUAAGAUCUACUGGGAUCGUGAUAAUUACGCACAAGUGGAAAAGAUAUUCAGGAAGUCUGUUGAAUUUUGUAAUGAGCAUGAAGUUUGGAAACUAAAUGUGGCUCAUGUGUUGUUCAUGCAGGAAAAUAAAUAUAAAGAAGCUGUAGGAUUUUAUGAACCAAUUGUGAAGAAACAUUACGAUAAUAUUCUGAGUGUAAGCGCGAUAGUGUUGGCGAAUCUUUGUGUGUCAUACAUCAUGACCAGUGCAAAUGAAGAGGCGGAGGAACUAAUGCGAAAGAUUGAGAAGGAAGAGGAACAAGUGGCUUAUGAUGAUCCAGAUAAGAAGAUUUAUCAUCUUUGUAUAGUGAACCUUGUUAUCGGGACCUUAUAUUGUGCCAAGGGAAACUACGAGUUUGGGAUUUCCAGGAUAAUGAAGAGCUUGGAGCCAUAUAACAAGAAGGCCAAACAUAUGAUCAUGCUACGGGAUAGCGUCAUUCAAGAUAUUAUUCAGUUUCUGGAGCACUGCGAAACUUAUGGCAAGAAUGUACCUGCAGUCGUCGAACAACCACUAGAGGAAGAAAAAAUUCACCCAGGCAAAAAUACUGUCACAUUUGAGGCCAGAGAAUUAAAGAGCUUGUUCUUACGUUUGAUUUAAAAUACUGAGAGGGAAUGGUACCGGCGGGAUGUUUUUCUCAAGAAGCAAAGUCUACGAACACCGAAGAUAAUUUACGGAAGCGAGAAACAAAUGCGCAAAAAUGUGAAAAUGAUGUAUAGAAAUGUUCAUCUAUCAAUGUAAACAGCUAGGCAGUUUCGUAGUACUCAAAAGAUUUCUCUCCUGUGGAGUUCCCACUUGAGAAGACCAUGAAAAUUGAGUAAUCACAAAGUUAUGUGUAAAUAAACUAUAUGAACUACUGUA